AUGCAAAAUAUUGAUUCCGAUAGUGAAGAUGAACUUCCUCCGGGUUGGGAAGAAAAAUCAACUGAAGAUGGAAAUGUUUAUUUCGUUAAUUCAUGCUCAAAAAAAGUGCAAUGGACGCAUCCUAGAACAGGACGAAAAAAAGUAAUUCCGAAAGAGUUACCCUUUGGUUGGACCAAAACAGUGGACGAGAGUGGUAAAAUUAUGUAUUUACAACAAGAAACUGGAAAUAAAACUUAUGUUGAUCCUAGACUAGCUUUUGCAACAGAAGAGAAGAGACAUGUUAAUGACUUUAGACAGCGAUUUGAUGCAUCCACCACUGCAUUUCAGGUACUACAUGGUGUAGAUUUAUCAGGAAAGUAUGCCUUAAUUACAGGCUGCAAUGCUGGUAUAGGCUAUGAAACUGCAAAGUCGCUUGCAAGGCAUAACUGUAACAUUCUAAUGGCUAACAGAAACAUGGAAGCAACUCAAAAGGCCAUUGAUGACAUUGUUAGAGAAACAAAUGCAUCAGAAGAUAAUUUAAAAUCCACAUAUUUAGAUUUAGCAUCCUUGGAGAGUGUAAAAAAAUGUGCCUCAACUGUGAAAACCAUAUUUUCAGAUCACCUUGAUAUAUUAAUACUAAAUGCAGCAGUAUUUGGUCUGCCAUAUACUGAAACAAGGGAUAAGCUUGAAACUACUUUUCAAGUGAAUUACUUGGGACACCUUUACUUAACUCUAUUACUAGAACCACUCUUUAAGAAGGGAACAAGAGUUGUAUUUGUGUCUUCAGAAUCUCAUCGAUUUGCCACUUUAAAAAAUGUAUUUACACUGCAGAAUAUUGCAAUGACUAAGGAUACAUACAGCUCUAUGAUGGCGUACAAUAAUUCUAAAUUAUAUAUGGUAAUUAUAGCAAAGAUACUGAGUGAAGAAUGGAAAAACAAGGGAAUAAAUGUUAAUUCUUUGCAUCCUGGCAACAUGGUCUACACUAACCUUUGUAAAUCCUGGUGGUUGUAUAGACUUAUAUUUUUCAUGAUAAGGCCAUUUACAAAGUCAUUACAACAAGCAGCAGCAACAACUGUGUAUGUCGCAACAGCAAAUGAGCUAAGUGGUGUAACAGGGUUGUACUUCAAUAACUGCUUCUACUGUGCAGAUUCUGAACUUGCCAGAGAUAAAGAUAUAGCUUGGGAAAUUUUCGGAUUUUCUUUAAAAAUUAUCGCUGAACGCAUGGGCACAGAUGUUAUUCAAAAGUAUAUUGAUAAAUGUAAAGUAAUGACAUCA